GUUAUUAGUGAUUAUGAAUGAUGCAGCUCAAAACGAAAGAACAUAACCAUUAUUCUCGCUCAAAAGUAUCAAAAGCAUUAGAACAUAAACCCGACAACUACUUUGUUUUAAUGAUUCUAAUGGAUUAAUUUCGUUAAGAAACACUCAAUGAGAUUGCUCAAUUAGUUCUCACCAAAAAACCUACUUUGCUACCAAGAAACAGACCCAAAAUCCUCCAAAAUGUUUUUCAUUUUUAAUUAUUGUAAGUACUUGACGAUUUUCUGGAAUACCGAAUGGAGAAACGAGAGAAAAGCUUCCCAGAACACAAAAGUCACUCAGAAAGGACAAGAAAAUGAGGGUAUCCAUAGUAAUCAAGUUACACAUGCUUUUCAAAAACAACAACAUUUGCCUGGUAACUGAUAAUUAGAGGAAUCAAAGAUUAAUUUGCCAAGUUAGUGAUUUACGGUAAUUACUAUAUAAAAGGAAGGGUUUCCUUUGAUUUUGUUCACAUAUCGAAUUCCUUGCCCGGAAUAACACAAAUUCCUACUUCAACAAUGAUUUUCCGGCAGGGACUUGUGAUUUUUUUAUUCGUUUCUGUUGUUUCGUCAUUUAGCUGGCCUUGGGAAAGUGCUGACACAAAUGAAGAUGGAACAAUAGCAAAAAGAAGCGAUGGUUCAGAUUGUAAAAACCACAUGGACUGUUUCAAGUGCGAUGAAAUAAAGCGCAAAGGACAAUGUCAAUCUUAUAUAUCAGUCUGUGCGAAGACUUGUAAUCCCAAUUGUGCAUCGACGCCCUUCGCUGACGAGCCUCACAAGCCAUGCGCAGAUAUCAAAGCCCAAGGCGACUGUAUGAAACCAAUGCCAUAUUCAUCCGCUAUAUGGGCGACUGUCUGUGAGAAGACUUGCUGUGUUCUGGACAAGCCACCUCAAUGGAGUGAAUGGUCUGAGUGGGGACCUUGCUCCAAGUCCUGUGAUCAUGGAUUCAAAACCAGGACUCGUGAAUGUAAAGGCGAAGGAUUUGGCCAAACCUGUGAAGGAGCUCCCUUUGAAUCAGACAAGUGUAACGUUGGUGUUCCUUGUAAAGGAUUGGUUGGCUGGGAAAAGACCGCAGUGACAGUAAGUGAGGAUGUUGGAACAGUUACACUCAAGAUUAUAAGAUCAAGAAAAACAGACUGCGAAGCUUCCAUCAAAGUGAGUACACAAGACGACACAGCCAUGCAGCCUGCUGACUAUGUCAAGAUAGAAAACCUUGUUAUCAACUUUACCAAGGGAGAAACUGAGAAGACAGUCACGUUUACCAUCAACAAGGACCGACUCAUUGAACCUCUGGAGUCUUUUAUUGCUGUCAUUACUGCAGAUCCUCACAAACUCGAUGUCGAUCCAGCAAACACAACAAUUACUAUCAAAGACUGCACAGCAAAGGUUGGUCUUCGUCCAGAGAGCUAUGAAGUUCAAGAAAAUUUAGAAAUGGUCAAAGUCACUGUGUACAGAGAAGGUUGUCUUCGUGCAGCAAAUAAAGUCUGCAUCUCCACCGUCGAUGGAAUCGCCAAGGCUGCAAGUGACUACGUCGCCAUUUCGCAACAGGAGGUAUCCUUUGCACCAAAUGAAACGUCCAAGGAAAUUUCUAUCACUAUUGUAAAUGAUGGAGUAGAAGAACAAGACGAAGAUUUCUUUGUUCAACUCGGCUGUGCAGAUCCCGCUACUUUGAUUGUUGCACCUGGAAAAGCCAUUGUGGUGGUGAAAGAUGACGAUGUUGAUGGCAAUUGGUCUGACUGGGGACCUUAUGGAGACUGCAGUGUAUCUUGUGGAAAUGGCGUACAAACACGAUCAAGGAAUUGCACCAACCCUAAGCCACAAGGAGGUGGGAAGAAAUGUGAAGGAGAAGCAACAAGUUCUCAGGCCUGCAACACCAAUCCUUGCCCAAUUGAUGGAGGUUAUGGUGAAUAUGGUCCAUAUGGUGAAUGUAGCAAGAGUUGUGGAGGUGGUGUACAAUUCAGAAUGAGAGAAUGUAACA